AUGGCUUCAGAAGUCCCAUCCAUCUUCUCUCGUCCUUUGCAUUUGUUGUUCUUCUUCUAUUUCCUGAGUCACAUUCCAAUCACGAUUUUCAUUGAUGCUCAACCAAUUCUUUCUCCCUAUCUUCCACAAUUAUAUCCUCCUUUCCUUCAACAAAUUUUGAAAGAACAAUGGAUUGAACCCUAUCAAGACCUGCUCAUGGCAAAGCUUCCUGUUUGGUUUGCUUCCUUUGGUGUCUGUGAAAUCUUUGUUCAACUUCCAUUCUUCUUUAUUGCUCUCUAUGCUUUUGUUGCUGGAAAGAAUUGGAUCCGUAUUCCUGCCAUUAUCUAUUCAGCUCACGUGAUGACCACUCUUGUUCCAAUUAUGGCUGUAUUUUUGUUUGAUAAGGAGUAUCUCAAUCACAAUGCAUUCUUAUUGGGCACUUAUUCUGUUUACUUUAUCAUUCCAUUGUUGCUUUUAUUGAAUAUGGUUUUCUAUGAAAAACCAUUCGAUUAUUCUAAGGUAAAGACCAAGAAUAACUAG